UGAUAAGUAUAGUCUUGUUAAUUCCAUAACGACCUAUUGCACUGGGCUAUUAAAGUCUUCAGAAGUGAAAGAUUGUGUGUUUUCUCUGUGCAUAAUCAUAUUGUCACAGAUUUUUUUCGUUUUUUUUUUGUUGCAGGCUGUGUGCACAGAAUCUGGGAUGUUUGCUCUGUGGGAGAGGAGGGUUGAUGUAACACAAGAAGAUUUUGAGAUGGUAGUGGCAAAGGUUCAUCUUGAACGGAAAUAUGUUGUUGACAUUGAUAAAAAUAUCGAUAUCACCAAGAUAACUCCAUCAACAAGAGUUGCUCUCCGUAAUGACAGUUAUGUGCUUCAUUUAAUCUUGCAAAGCAAAGUUGAUCCAUUGGUCAACCUCAUGAAAGUUGAAAAGGUUCCAGAUUCCACAUAUGACAUGAUUGGCGGUCUUGACCAGCAAAUUAAAGAGAUAAAGGAGGUUUGCCUCGUGUACCCUUUUACUUUCUGCAUUUAAACUGGUAGUGGCAAUGGUGACAGUGAAGUGCAGCGGACUAUGCUGGAGCUUCUCAACCAGCUAGAUGGAUUUGAAGC